AUGGCUGAAACAGAGGUGACAAAGGUCCAUGUGUCAUUUGAGGAUGUGGCUGUGUAUUUCACAGAGGAGCAGUGGGCUCUACUGGAUCCAAAACAAAAAGCUUUAUAUCGGGACGUCAUGAGAGAAAAUUACGAGAAUGUGGCCUCCUUUGGACUUCCAGUGUUCAAGCCCAGUUUGAUCUCCUGGCUUGAUCAGUUGAUCUUGGAGGAAAAUGAGGAGGUCACCUCAGAGCAAAACAUAGGGUUUCCUGAGGUGAUAAUAAAGAUAGAACAAGAAGAGGAACUCUGGCUCCUGUGUCACCAGGGAACCAAGACUUUCUCAGAUUGUCACUCUCCUAAUCUGAGCACAGUCUCCCAGGUGGAAAAGGAGAAAGAGCCAGAAAUGCCGGAUCAGCUGGGUGUGGAGGAAGGGAAUAUCCCAUUGGACUACAGCUCAGGAUUUCCUGACGUUAUCAUAAAGGAAGAGGUGCCCUGGAUCCAGGGACCUGAAGAAAAUGCCAACUUUGCUGGUGACCAGUCAGGGACAAGAUUGUGUGGUUUCCAUGUUGCUGCUGUAGACAGUAGUGUGGCAUCGUGGCAACAGGGCUUCCUCAUGGCAACCAGCACGCUGAAGAGGCUGAAAAUCUUCUGUCACCAGGCACUAAUCUCGGGGCUACAAAUAAGACAUCCUCAGGAAUUGCAAAACGAAGCAUCUCUCAAUGUCCAGAGAAAGCAGACAUCUCUGAGGAUCUUCAGUCACAAAUCAGACCUUAUUAGCCAUGAAAGGACCCACACGGGAGAGAAACCAUAUGCAUGUCCUGUCUGUGGUAAAAGUUUCACAGAUAGAGCACAUCUUAUGAAACACGAGAAAAUUCAUACUGGAGAAAAACCAUACAUGUGCUCCAUCUGUGGGAAUAGCUUCAGUCACAGGUCAAACCUCAUUAGCCAUGAAAGGACCCACACGGGAGAAAAACCAUACUCAUGCUCAAUCUGUGAUAAAAGCUUCACUGAUAGAGCAUACCUUCUUAAACAUGAGAGAACCCAUACAGGAGAGAGGCCAUACAAAUGCUCCAUUUGCAGAAAAAGCUUCAGCCGUAAAGAUUAUCUUACUAGACACGCAAGAAUCCAUACAGGAGAAAGACCAUUUGGGUGUUCAGUCUGUGGAAAGAGUUUUAUGUGGAAAAGUUAUCUGGCUAUCCAUGAAAAAAUCCACACAGGGGAGAAACCAUAUUCAUGCUCAAUCUGUGGGAAAAGCUUCAGUGAAAAAUCAUACCGUAUUGUACACGAACAGUUGCACACGGAAGAAAAGACACACACUUGCCUGGUAUGUAGUAAAAGCUUCGUUCAUAAAGUAACCCUAAUGAGACACAAACAGAUCCAUUCGGGAGAGACACCACACCAAUGCUCUGUCUGUGGGAAAGGUUUCAGCCAGAGAUGUAGUCUUAUGUCACAUGAAAAAAUCCACACUGAAGAGAGACCUUUCGCAUGCUCAUUCUGUAGUAAAACCUUCAAACGACGAUCAAAUCUCACCAGUCAUGAAAGAAUCCAUACGGGAGAGACUCCCUUUAAAUGCUCUGUCUGUGCCAAAAGUUUCAACUGUAAAGCCCACCUCCUUGGACACAUGAGAACCCACACAGGAGAAAAACCAUACCCAUGUUCGGUUUGUGGGAAAAGCUUUGGCAACAAAUCUCAGGUGGUUGUACACGAGAGAAUUCAUACCGGAGAGCAACCGUAUACCUGCCCAGUCUGUGGGAAAAGAUUCAAACACAGAACAAGCUGUAUGGAACACCAAAAAAUCCAUACAGAGGAAAAACCCCACACAUGCUCAAUCUGCGGUAGACGUUUCAGUCGUAAGGAGCACCUGAUUAUCCACGGGAGGAUCCACACGGGGGAGAAACCGUAUUCGUGCUCCGUCUGUGAGAAAACCUUCAAGCAGAAAUCAAGCUUGACUUCCCAUGAGAGGAGCCACACAGGAGAGAAACCACACGUUUGCUUGGUCUGUGGCAAAAGCUUCACCAGCAAAGCAUACCUGAGGAGACACGAGAAAGGCCACACAAGAUAG